AUGGCGCCCGUUCCGGAACGCGCUCCAACCUUUAUUUUCGGAAAUGCUGCACAGCACGACCAUUUGGAUGAACCCGAAGUUAUCGAGAUUGAUGACGAUGACGAUGCCGAGGAAAACGAUGAGGAAGUCGAAAAUAGCGUCGACGAGUUAGAAAGCGACGAAGUUGAAGAGCCCGAAGACGACGAAGGCGACGACGACUACGAAGAUGAUGACGGUUACGAGGAGGAUACGCUAGACUCAAUCGUAGAAACAAAUGGCGACGCUUCAUUAUUGAGUGCUUCCGCCCCUCGUUUUCUACAAAGAAGUCCAGUCCUUCGUCCACCCGCGCCAUCCACAUUUUCCGCCUCGAGUGUCAAGCAGACUUUACAUCCACUUCGACGCACUGCAGACCGUGUCACACGCCAAAUGGAAGCCUUUGCCGCCAAGCUUGACCGAUUUAAGCAACAAGAUCGCGCACAAAGCCCGUACCAAGCUGCGUUUUCCCUCAUCAAGAGCUAUCAGCUGUAUGCUUCUGAUGCGAUCAAGGAUGCAAGUCGCCAGAGCACUCUGAAGAGGGCCAAGACGGGCUGGAAUGUUAACCGCGAAACGGAUGCUCCUGGUUCCGCAUCUGAAGAAGACCUGCAACGCCUGCAACUCGAAGUUGAUACUUGGGAUAUCCUGCUCAAUCUCAUCGCUAUUGAAGAUCCCUCGGCGGUGACUCACGCGAAAGAAUCGCAGAAAUCAGCCUUCCAAAACCUGCAUCGCUAUUCUACGGACCGAGAAAUCUGGGAACAGUUCCUGGAUGCCGACCAUCAUGCAACCGAGUGCGUAAUGGUGAUGAAAUGGCUUGAGUCAAAAUCAAAGUCAUCAGCACAACAGCUAGACACUGUCAUCGCAAAUUUGGAGGCACAAGCAGAGAGGGGUUCGGGCUUAUGGGCACAUGGCUGGCUGUACACCAAAGAAGCCAUCAAAGGACAAAAACGACUGCGGGCGUGGCCACAGCCGCUGGAACCAGGCGAUCCCGGUCUCAUAGCUUCCUUGUUAAGCUCUGAAAAACGGGAACCUCUGAUCACACAGCUGGACCCAGAUGCUGUCGUUCGACAAAAGCAGGCUCUGCAGAAGCAAGAUCAAUACUAUGAACAGGCUACAUGGCUAACCUGCUGGAAAAUGCUGACACAAGGCGAGUCGUGGACAAAGAUUCGAGAAUGGUCCGAGGAACGCCUUGAGAGCUGGCGCGCAGUUAGUCUAUGCGGCUCGAGUGUCGACAAAGACGCUUCCAGCGGCAGAACCCCAGCAGAUGACAGCAUGACACGCAUGAUGAACUGCCGGUCGCAGGAUGCAUGGCGGACUGCUUGCUCUGCUCUGGCCCGGGAUCCAAACACAAAUGACUAUGAAAGAGCGGUCUAUGCACUACUCUGCGGUGAAACUGAGCCCGCUUACAAAGUGUGCCAAAGUUGGGAUGAGCAUCUCUAUGUGUACUACAAUCACAUCCUAUUGUCUCGCUAUCGGAAUUUCUGUUUUCAAUUCUCCAAGAAGCUAAGCCACUCGCCACUGGCAAAUGUGGCCUUUGUGCCUGAGCCAAUGGACUACAAGGCAACUCGGAAGUUUUUGCAUAGCUUGAAGACCCAUGAUGUUGUUGGCAUGGAGGCUCGCAAUCCUUACCAUACGAUUCAAGCUGCUAUUCUUGGGAAAAACUUUGAUACGUUCUUUUUGUCGACGGCGUACGCGGUUUCGGAAGUUGGCAAGACGCCGAGGGGGCUUGCUUUGAUCCCAACUCUCAAUGUUAGCAACAUUGAUGGUUCGUCACUGAUCGCAGUUCGUGACAAGGAUGCACUACGGAUAAUCACUCAUCUGUAUAUCAUCACGAGGACACUAUCAUACACACCCUCCAACUCUGAUUUCAACAACACGGUCGCCCUCAACGUGAUUGCUUACAUUGAGAAUUUACACAACGCCGAACUUGUCGAAUGGAUCCCGCUCUACGCCUCCUUUUUACCGCCGGUAUUGGUCUCCGACGUUGUUGCACAAAUCCUACUCGGCGUUUUCGAACCUUAUGACAUGGAUAGAAUGGGAAAACUCCUGGAGAAGCAUGAAAUCGACAUCAAACAGGUCCAAGAGAGCUUGUCCCAAUAUGUCGUCGAGAACACACCAAAAGUAGAGUACAAAACGUUCAACCUGAACUGUAAAGCGGUCCGGGAUCGCGAGAAGAAGGACGUCAUCUUAAUGCCCGUGAGCAGGAAGUUCACUAAGGGUGAGAUCAGUCCCCAGAUCGAUCGGUUGAUCCGGUGUGUGGAGUGGUAUGCACAGCUCGACGGACACUUCACCGUGGUGUGCAGGCUAGUUGAGUAUCUCUAUAAGAGAUUCUUCGGCAACGGCAUGCUGACGGAGGCUCGCGAACUCAGCGCAAGGAUCAACAUUUCGGAAAUGUCACUAAAACUUCUUGGUUAUGAUAUACGACACAAUGAUCCAAUCGAGAAUGGACUGGCAGGCAACGGGUCCGUGCCUCCGAGUCCUUCAAAGAGCCCGUCCAAGAAAUCACGGCAUCGUCGGUCUCGGUCUCAAGGCGAUCAAGCAGCAAACUACGCCGCGGUCGAGGUAUUGUUAGACAUGGAAUAUGUUAUCUGGGCAUAUAGUGCUCUGGAGGAAUUCCAAGAGACGUGGGAGCAACUCGAAUUGAGCAAAAACACUGAGGGCGAGGAAUCUGCACAUGUGGAGGAACUACAAGAACAGCUUCAGAUGGCUAUCGAGAGUGCAACAGAGCAUACAGAGGCUCUGCUGGACAAAGAGCGUGGUACUUUGAUGCAGCGGAGAUCAGCGGAGGAGGAUGACAUAUUGACAUACAUUCGAAACACGUAUUUCCCGGACAUUAUUCUGAACUACAUCAGUGCGCUGUACUACGCCAGUUUGAAGAUAUCUCGCGGUCUCCUGAUUCGCAGCAUGGAACUCGUUAUUCUCAUUUCCGAAGACAAUUUCAUGCUCGAGUGCUUUGCCAAAGCUAAACGAAUGGCCGAGCUUGCAGAUGUGAUGUCUCUGACGUCUGCGGCCAUGGUCAAUUCGCCGCCGCUGCCAAAGGGAAGGAAGAAGAACGAAGGAGUUGGUCGUCUUGAUUUGUGGAAUAUUACAUUGAGAAAGGAAAACGAGGACUCUAGCGUGGUUGAGAAAUGGCCAUAG